CGAAUAGUAGAACGAGUUGGUCACGUUUUCAUUACAAAAUCCAAAACCCCGUUACUCUCUACUCUCUUCCCAUCACUUUCUUUCUCUUCCCAUACCGUAUGAUCCCGGACCUCUGCAACAGCGGUUUCCUUCCUCCACCUGCCAACCUCUCUCUCUCUCUCUCUCCCCCAUUUCCCACAUUUACAAACAAAAAAAAAAAACGGCACCCCCUCAUCAGCUCUCCUUCCGCUGUAAAAUCCUAAUCUCAAUUUUUUGGGGAACCCAAGAAAACAGAGGGCAGCGAUGGGCGGCGUUGAUUUCGAAUCUCUAUCGGAAGCUACUUCUGGAGCAAUAGGAUCGCUGCUCAGCACCACCAUUUUGUACCCGCUUGAUACCUGUAAGACCAAGUAUCAGGCCGAGGCUCGCGCCCAUGGCCAGCGCCGAUACAGGCAUCUAUCAGAUGUUCUAUGGGAAGCAAUGUCAAAUGGACAAUUCCUGUCACUAUACCAAGGUUUAGGAACAAAGAAUCUCCAGUCCUUUAUCUCGCAGUUCGUCUACUUCUAUGGAUACAGCUACUUCAAGAGACUCUACCUUGAAAAGAGCGGUUCCAAGAAGAUUGGAACCAAGGCAAACUUGCUUCUUGCUGCUGCUGCAGGCGCAUGCACUGCCAUUGCCACACAGCCAUUAGACACUGCCGCCUCGAGGAUGCAGACCAGUGCAUUUGGCAAGUCGAAAGGGCUCUGGGACACACUGACGGAAGGGGACUGGAGUAAUGCAUUCGAUGGCCUCGGUAUCUCUCUCUUGCUGACAUCGAACCCUGCAAUUCAGUAUACAGUGUUUGAUCAGCUCAAACUAAAGCUUCUAAAGGGGAAUGAAGCUAGCCUUUCUGCAUUCACAGCAUUUCUCUUGGGUGCAUUGUCGAAGAGCAUCGCCACCUGCUUAACUUAUCCAGCAAUCAGAUGUAAGGUGGUGAUUCAAGCUGCAGACACCGACGAGAAUGGUAACGAUGAUGACGAUAAGAACAAGAAAGCCAAACGGAAGGCAAGCAAGACGCUGUCGGGGGUCGUGUUUGCAGUAUGGCGGAAGGAAGGGAUUACAGGGUUCUUCAAGGGACUGCAAGCUCAGAUCUUGAAGACGGUGCUGAGCUCAGCUUUGCUUCUGAUGAUCAAGGAGAAGAUCGCUGCCACAACUUGGGUUGUUCUACUUGCAAUCAGAAGGUCACUCUUGGCUCAGAAUGGCAGGCUAAAAAGUGCUUGAGGAAGAACAAAUAAUGCCCCACGAACUUUCAAGGGGAGUUUGAUGGUUUUGUACAUAUUCAGUAGCUCUAUGAGAAAGGCAGAAGCAGUCUGAGUUUAGAGUUUUCCUGGUUCAGUAUCAACGGACACACACAGAGCUGGGAAUCAGCUUUAGAGAAUAAAAAUACACUAUAUUUUUUUCUUCUAUUCAAACUGAGACCCCUUUGUUUUGGGUGUUAAUUCUUGUUUGUUAGCGGAAUAAUUUUGACGAGGGAAACGUACAAUUUUCUGUAACCGAGGGUGAUUGUUUGAACUUUGUAUAAUGCUGUUUGUUCUGAGGGCGAAUUGCCAGUUUCUUUUCAUACCAUUUUGAGAUAUUCAAGAGUGAAAAUGUGACCAAUUCGGUAUUAUUGGUUUAAAUC